GAUUAUCUCCGACAUUGUUGUUAUGGAAUAAGACGAAAAGCAUAUAUCACGGUAAAACGAGAUGCAGUUAACGAUAGAGUUUCUUUCAAGUUACGCAAACUCACACAGGGUGAGUAGGCUUUAGUUUGUUUACCCAUCGCAUAUCACACAGCUCGGCGGCCAUAAAGUACUUUUUAUUGAGGCGAACCCGAAUUAACGACCUGUGACGUCAUUAGGUUCUAGUAUAACUAAAUAGGUUCAAGGCAAUAGCGGUCUAUCGAGUAAACACAACGGGACUACUAGGCAAUGCUCGUUUCGAGUAGAAUUAGCUUUCUAGGCCCAUGAAUCGCGAGAUAUGACAUAAACACAGGAGCCCUCUGCCUGUGAAAGCAGAGUGGCACAAUUUAACUGCAGAAUACUUAUAGCACCAGAAACCCGGGCUAGAGUCGUCAUGGAACCCACGGCAGAACAAGUGGAGGCCUUCUUAGACAGCAACGAACAAUUCACUAAAAGGUACUUUGAAAAGAAAACAACCCCGGCUAUGGUGGAAUACUGGAUGAGCCAACACUCGUACAAGCCAUCCUCUCGCAUGGCAAUAAACAGACAGAGUGUAUCUCUAAGCGAGAGAAAAAUAUCCGGCCGCUGCUCGCUGCUUGCUGAAUCUUCUACUGACAUCCGUGCGUCGAUGCUGUUUGGUAGAUCCGGGUCGCCAAAACAGCGACAAUCAAUGUCAUUCACGGAACUCUCCAAACUCGACGAAAAAGAUAAAUUUAUGGAACUGAUCCGAGACAUCGCCAAUGAACUAGACAUCAAUCGCCUAAGUCAUAAAAUUCUAGUCAACGUGAGUGUUCUUACAAAUGCGGAUCGCGGGUCUUUAUUCCUUACUCAUGGAAGCAAGGAAAACCGUGUUUUGGUGUCGAAACUUUUCGACGUGACCACAGCCUCGAGUGUUGAAGAAUCUAUUCAAAAUGAGGACGACCAAAUUGUCGUGCCUUUUGGCAAGGGAAUAGCGGGAUGUGCGGCAGAAUCUGGCGAAGCUAUCAAUAUAAAGGACGCAUACUCGGACCCAAGGUUUAACAGGGAUGUGGACAAGAAAACCGGUUACACAACACAUAGCAUUCUCUGCAUGCCUAUCAAGAACCAUGAAGAUGAGGUGCUGGGAGUUGCGCAGAUGAUAAACAAAAAGUCUGGAUCGCAUCAAUUCACAGAGAAAGACGAAGAAGUUUUUAAAGAUUACCUGACGUUCUGUGCUAUCGGAAUCACUAACGCUCAACUAUUUGAGACGUCCGAGUUGGAAUUCAAAAGAAACCAGGUCUUACUUCAGCUUGCGAAGAGUAUUUUUGAGGAGCAGACGAAUGUUGACGACUGUGUCAAUAACAUUAUCGUACAGGCCCAGGCCUUACUACAGUGCGAGAGAUGUAUGGUUUUUUUGAUCGAUGACUCCCCCGGGACACAGGGUGUUGUCUUCUCGAAAGCUUUUGAUAUCCAGUUCAAGGAAGACGAAGAUGCAGUCCUGAGUACACCCAGCAGCUACUGGUCCGUUGACACGGGUAUCGCGUUUUGGGUGGCUACUUCAGGACAGGUCGUGAAUAUCCCGGACGCGUAUUCAGACGACAGAUUUAGCCCCGAGGCCGACCAGGCAAGCGGAUUCGUGACCAAGUCUAUCCUAUGCAUGCCGAUAUACAAUAGGGAGCAGAACAUCAUUGGUGUUGUGCAGCUCAUGAACAAGCUUGAUGGCAAGCCCUUUAGCGAGAGCGACGAGAGUAUAUUCGAGGCGUUUGCCAUUUUCUGUGGCCUCGGAAUUAACAACACGAAGCUGUACGAAGAAGCAUGCAAGCUCUUGACGAAGCAGAAAGUUGCCAUGGAGGUGCUGUCAUAUCACGCAUCGGCGCAACCAGCCGAAGUACACAAGAUCCUCAAGAAGGAGAUUCCAUCCGCAGAGCAGCUGGGUCUUUACGCGUACGAGUUUAACGACAUGGUCUGGGGUGACGAGGACACGAUACUAGCGUCUAUGCGCAUGUUCAUGGAACUGGACACAUUCCGCACAUUCCACGUGCUACCGGAGACCAUGUGCCGCUGGUUGCUGAGUGUAAAGAAGAACUACCGCCCUGUAAAGUAUCACAACUGGAGACAUGCGUUCAAUGUAGCACAGUCCAUGUUCACUAUAAUGAAGACAGGUAGCCUGUGUAAAUACUUCAGUGACUUAGAGGUGUUUGCGCUCAUCGUCGCGUGCCUUUGUCAUGAUCUCGACCACAGGGGUACCAACAAUGCCUUCCAAACUAAGACGGACUCACCGCUUGCAGCACUGUACAGCACCUCAACAAUGGAACACCACCAUUUCGACCACUGCAUUAUGAUACUCAAUGGAGAGGGGAAUAACAUCUUCUCAGAGAUGUCGCCAGAGGAAUACCGAGACACCAUCAAGAUCCUAGAGCAUGCUAUUCUCUCCACGGAUUUGGCCUUGUACUUCAAGAAACGCGGCACUUUCCAAGAAAUUCUAGCCGAACCUAAUGUUGACUGGUCAGCAGAUAAUAAUCGCGAGCUUUUGCGCGCGAUGAUGAUGACAGCUUGUGACGUGGCAGCUAUCACGAAACCCUGGGAAAUACAGCGAGUGGUCGCCGAAAUGGUUGCAAGUGAGUUUUUCGAUCAGGGGGACUUGGAGAAAGAGAAGCUUAAUGCCGAACCGAUUCCCAUGAUGGACAGGAGAAAGAAAAACGAGCUUCCCUCUAUGCAAGUUGGUUUUAUCGACUUCAUUUGUCUUCCAAUCUACGAGUUGUUCUACAAACUUGAACCAAGCCUGAAGCCUCUCUUAGACGGAUGUCAGUCCAACCGAAGGCACUGGCAGGAGUUAGGAGAGAAAAGCAUGGAUGAUCAGGCAAAAAAUUAUAGUAACUCACCAAUCAAAGAACGAACGAGAGACAAGGACGUCGCGAUUCCACAAAAGAAAGAAGAGCCGACAAACGAUGAGAGGAACGUAAGGCAACAACGGCAAAAGACGAAAUCCCCAGAAAACAACAACAGCCGAUCACAAAGCAGAAAAACAUCACGUGAUUCUAGGAAAAGCAGCGGCAGCAAAAGGUCCGAGAAGAAAACUUCCAUCGAGAGAAUGAAAUCACUCCCGGCGCAAACGAAAGAAGGCAAAGAGAAACCUGAGAAGGUAGGAAAAGAGAAAGGGAAAAGUAAAGCUCGGCGGUCAAAAAUGUGUGCUGUAGUUUAACAAUUGUGGUAGGUAGAAAGUUAAAUGUCCUAUAUAGUGUGCUAGCUCAAAGAACUAUUAACUAUCAGCGCAGGGGCGGAUCCUAAAUUUAUAAAAGGGAGGGAUUCAAUAUAUAAAUCCUAUAGCUUACUUAAUUUUUGCUCCUUUGGAUUCUCAUCCGUCCGAAGGAGAGUACCAGCCAAUCCCCCACUUUUUUUAGCUCAUAUAAUUAUAAGAAUCAAAUUAUCAUAAUCGAGGAGAUGUAUGUAAAUUGAAUUCGGGCUGUAGGAAGCUUUUCUUUCACCCUAAGACUUUUGCAUCUAACGUGAAAA